AACUGUCUCUGAAACAGACGAAUUUUCUUUCUUCUUGCAUCAUUGCACGUGGAGUUGCGCUACAAAAGUUAACUGUGGGUUUUUUUUUUUUAUUAAAAGAAUAAAUUAAUAAAUCGGAAAUAUUAAAUUAUUUUUUAAUCAAAGUUUAGUUAAAACGAAAUUUUUUAAAAGUAUUAGAAAAUGUUGUCCGCUGCACGAAUUCUUACUCGAGGAUGUACCGGUGUCACUGCCAAUAUUACAAGGCGACAAGAAUUUAGCACCAUUCUAAGAAAUGGAAUUGCUCCAAUGGUUGCUUUUCCACAAAAGAAUAGCGAAAUUAAUCAAUAUCGAUAUAAAUCUGAAGGAGUGAAGGGAGCAGUUAUAGGUAUAGAUCUUGGAACAACAUUUUCCUGUGUUGCUUGUAUGGAAAGUAAGCAUCCAAAAGUUAUUGAAAAUGCUGAAGGAUCAAGAACAACACCAUCUUAUGUUGCUUUUACCAAAGAAGGAGAACGACUGGUUGGAAUGCCAGCAAAACGUCAAGCAGUAACGAAUUCAUCAAAUACUUUUUAUGCCACAAAACGUCUUAUAGGACGUAAAUUUGAAGAUGCAGAAGUUAAAAAAGAUAUGAAAAUGGUGUCUUAUAAAAUUGUAAAAGCCUCGAAUGGUGAUGCAUGGAUUCAAGGUGGUGAUGGAAAAAUGUAUUCUCCAAGUCAAAUUGGGGCAUUUGUUCUUACAAAAAUGAAAGAAACUGCCGAAGCUUAUUUGAAUACACCAGUUAAAAAUGCCGUGAUUACAGUGCCUGCUUAUUUUAAUGAUUCUCAAAGACAAGCGACAAAGGAUGCUGGACAAAUUUCAGGUCUUAAUGUUUUGCGUGUUAUUAAUGAACCAACUGCUGCUGCACUUGCCUACGGAAUGGAUAAAACCGAGGAUAAAAUUAUUGCUGUUUAUGAUUUGGGUGGCGGUACCUUUGAUGUUUCAAUUUUGGAAAUUCAAAAAGGAGUAUUCGAAGUCAAAUCAACGAAUGGCGAUACAUUUUUGGGUGGAGAAGAUUUUGAUAAUGCAUUAGUUAAUUAUUUAGUUGCCGAAUUUAAGAAAGACCAAGGAAUCGAUGUUACCAAAGAUGCAAUGGCAAUGCAACGAUUGAAGGAAGCUUCGGAGAAAGCAAAAAUCGAAUUGUCAAGUUCAUUGCAAACUGAUAUUAAUUUGCCAUAUCUUACAAUGGAUUCAAGUGGUCCUAAACAUUUGAAUUUGAAAUUGUCGAGAAGCAAAUUCGAAAGUCUUGUUGGUGAUUUAAUUAAAAGAACAAUUCAACCAUGCCAAAAGGCUUUAUCAGACGCAGAAGUUGCUAAAUCUGAUAUUGGUGAUGUACUUUUGGUGGGUGGAAUGACUCGAGUGCCAAAAGUGCAACAAACUGUUCAGGAUAUUUUUGGUAGACAACCAUCAAAGGCUGUUAAUCCAGAUGAGGCUGUUGCUGUGGGAGCUGCAAUUCAAGGUGGCGUUCUUGCAGGAGACGUUACUGAUGUUCUACUUCUUGAUGUUACACCCCUUUCUCUUGGUAUCGAAACGUUGGGCGGAGUUUUCACAAGAUUAAUUACGCGUAAUACAACAAUUCCCACCAAAAAGAGUCAAGUGUUUUCAACUGCAGCUGAUGGACAGACUCAAGUAGAAAUCAAAGUUCAUCAAGGUGAACGUGAAAUGGCAAAUGACAAUAAACUUUUAGGACAAUUUAGCCUUAUUGGAAUUCCACCAGCGCCAAGAGGAGUACCACAAAUUGAAGUCACUUUUGACAUUGAUGCUAAUGGUAUUGUUCAUGUUUCCGCUAGAGACAAAGGAACUGGCAAAGAACAACAAAUUGUAAUUCAAUCGAGUGGUGGUUUAAGUAAGGACGAAAUUGAAAAUAUGGUCAAGAAAGCCGAACAAUAUGCCAAGGAAGACAAAAUGAAGAAAGAACGAGUUGAAGCUGUUAAUCAAGCAGAAGGAAUUGUUCACGACACUGAGGCUAAAAUGGAAGAAUUCAAGGCUCAAUUGCCACAGGAAGAGUGUGAAAAAUUGAAGGAAAUGCUUACAAAAAUGCGAGAAACUUUAGCAAAGAAAGACGAAACUGAUCCUGAAGAAAUCAAGAAACAAGUUAAUGAACUUCAACAAGCAAGUCUCAAAUUAUUCGAAAUGGCAUACAAAAAGAUGGCCGCGGAACGUGAAGGAGGACAAAGUCAAAGUCAAAAUUCUGAAACAGAAGGCGAAGCUGAAAAUAAAGAAAAGAAGGAAGAAAAGAAUUAAAAAUAAUUUGUACAUUUUGUAGGAUCAUUGCUAAUCUUAAUGAGAAGUAAAAGUGCAUUUUUUUUUCUAUUAAUUUGCCAUCUAGAAAUUUUAAGAAUAUAGUUUUUGAAAUUUAGUAUUAAUUUAAAAUAUAGUAUUCAAAAUUCAAGUUCUGAAAUGUACGCAAAAAAAACCACUGGUGGUUACAAAAACUAUAUAUAGUAUAUAUAUUUAGAAACAAAUUUUGAAUUGAAAAGACAAAACUGAAUAGUGGAGUUAAAACGAAAUAUUGUGAACUUCUUUUUUUUUAGUGCAACUACAGAAAUCACGUUCCUGAGUAUGUAUGAAAAAAAAAAAAACAAUAAUUUCCGAGUGCUUGAUGAUGAAUGACUGUUAUAGAGAAAAUAUUUAGAAUUGAAUGAUAACGUGUAAAUAAAUUAUAAUUAUUAAUGUUACUACGGUAACGACAAUAUUAUAUUGUAUUCCGAUUUUUUAUUUGACACAUACGCAUAAUGACGUAUUUUGCCUGUAUUUUUUUUGUCCAAAAUAAAAUCAUUAAAGUUUUUUCAUUUCUCAA